AUGGCGCCCCUUCGAGCCCUUUGGUUGGCCUGGGCACUCGUAGGAGUGGCUGGAGCGUGCCCAGAGCCGUGCGCCUGUGUAGACAAGUACGCUCAUCAGUUUGCUGACUGUGCCUACAAAGAGCUGCGCGAGGUUCCUGAAGGACUGCCAGCCAAUGUGACCACGCUUAGUCUCUCGGCCAACAAGAUCACUGUGCUAAGGCGCGGGGCCUUCGCCAACGUCACGCAAGUCACAUCGCUGUGGUUGGCGCACAAUGAGGUGCGCACUGUGGAGCAGGGUGCACUGGCUGUGCUGAGCCAGCUCAAGAACCUCGACCUGAGCCACAACCUCAUAUCCAGCUUCCCUUGGAGCGACCUGCGUAACCUGAGCGCGCUGCAACUGCUCAAAAUGAACCACAAUCGCUUGGGUUCUCUACCCCGGGAAGCCCUCGGCGCACUGCCGGACCUGCGGUCUCUGCGCAUAAACAACAACCGGCUGCGUACUCUGGAACCUGGCACCUUCGACGCACUAAGCGCUCUGUCACACCUGCAACUGUAUCACAAUCCCUUUCACUGUGGCUGCGGCCUCGUGUGGCUGCAAGCCUGGGCCGCGAGCACUCGUGUCUCCUUGCCCGAGCCUGACUCCAUUGCUUGUGCCUCGCCUCCGGCUCUGCAGGGGGUGCCGGUGCACCGCCUGCCCGCCCUGCCUUGCGCACCACCUAGCGUGCGUCUUAGUGCAGAGCCACAGUCUGAGGAGCCUGGCACCCCGCUGCGCCCUGGCAUAGUGUUCCUGUUGCACUGCAUAGCUGAAGGCCACCCCACGCCCCGCCUGCAAUGGCAACUUCAGAUCCCAGGUGGCACAGUUGUCUUAGAGCCGCCCGUUCUGAGCAGGGAGGACGACGGGGACUUGGCAGAGGAAGGGCAAGGGGAAGGAGAUGUGGACACGCCGACGCAGACCGAGGCUCCAACCUCAGUACCGGCACCCGCAUGGCCAGCGCCCCCAGCCACCCCGCGCUUCCUGGCCCUAGCAAACGGCUCCCUGUUGGUGCCUGUCUUGAGUGCCAAGGAGGCAGGCGUCUACACAUGCCGUGCACACAAUGAGCUGGGUGUCAACUCGACAUCAGUACGUGUGGCAGUAGCUGCAGCAGGGCCCCCUAAGCACGCUCCUGGCGUGGGGGGAGAAUCUGAUGGGCAAGGCCCGACCUCCGAGCGCAAGUCCACAAACAAAGGCCGGGGAAACAGCGUCCUGCCCUCCAAGCCUGAGGGCAAAACCAAAGGCCAAGGCCUGGCUCGGGUCAGCGUCCCGGGUGAGACAGAGGCACAGCUGGAGGAGGAGAUUGGUGUAGGAGAGGAAGCGGAAGACCAGAUUCCUGUGGACCCGGCCGAGGAGCAGCACUGCGGCCACGGGGACCCCUCUCGGUACGUGUCUAACCACGCGUUCAAUCAAAGCUCAGAACUCAAACCGCACGUCUUCGAGCUGGGCGUCAUCGCACUGGAUGUGUCGGAGCGUGAGGCGCGGGUGCAGCUGACGCCUCUGGCAGCGCGCUGGGGUCCUGGGCCCGGCGGGGCUGCGGGAGCCGGGCGGCCUGGGCGGAGGCCUCUGCGCCUGCUCUAUCUGUGUCCAGCUGGGGGCGGCGCGGCAGUGCAGUGGUCCCGCGUGGAGGAAGGCGUUAAUGCUUACUGGUUCCGCGGCCUGAGGCCUGGCACCAACUACUCAGUGUGCCUGGCACUGGCAGGGGAGGCCUGCCAUGUGCAAGUGGUGUUCGCCACCAAAAAGGAGCUGCCCUCGCUGCUAGUCAUCGUGGCGGUGAGUGUAUUUCUCCUGGUGCUGGCCACCGUGCCCCUGCUGGGCGCCGCCUGCUGCCAUCUGCUGGCCAAACACCCCGGCAAGCCCUACCGUCUAAUCUUGAGGCCACAGGUCCCUGACCCUAUGGAGAAGCGCAUAGCUGCGGACUUCGACCCGCGGGCCUCCUACCUUGAGUCCGAGAAAAGCUACCCAGCAGGCGGCGAGGCGGGUGGUGAGGAGCCUGAGGAGGCGCCGGGGGAGAGCCUUGAUGAAGACGCGGAGCAGGGAGACCCAAGUGGGGACCUGCAGAGGGAGGAGAGCCUGGCGGCAUGCUCACUGGUGGAGUCCCAGUCCAAGGCCAACCAAGAGGAGUUCGAGGCGGGCUCUGAGUACAGUGAUCGGCUGCCGCUGGGUGCGGAGGCAGUCAACAUCGCCCAGGAGAUUAACGGCAACUACAGGCAGACGGCGGGCUGA